AUGGCUUUUAUGGAAAAUCUUGACUUGGAUAAAUAUGAUGUCCAAUACGGGACAUGGUUAUCAAAAAGAACAGAUUCUAACAAAAAAUCUUAUAAUAAUAUAAGACAUAUUAUCAUAAACGGAAGAUUAUUCUUUGAAAUAAAAACAAAUCUGAAAAAUAUCACAUUUCUAUUCGAUAUCAAGAUAUACAACAAAUAUUCAACAUACACAUGGACCGCUAAAAAGCUUAAUAACUAUUACAACCUAGCAGUUUCCAUCAAAGAUAAAAAUGGAAUCACAUAUCAAAAAUUAUACAAAAGAAUUCUAAAAGAAGAAGG